AUGUUGUCGCUUUGGAACAAUAAAAUUGAAUUUAUCGACGUCGACGCUUUUGAAGGUCUAACUAAAUUAGUGAAUCUCAGCUUAAACGCGAAUCUCUUGACUCAUCUACCCGGAGGCAUGUUCAGACACACACCGAACGUAGCACGUCUCGACUUGUACGCGAACAAGUUGCUCGACUUGUCAGACGACUUGUUCACCGGGUUAAACAAGCUCGAACAGAUUUUAAUCUUCGAUAACAAGGCGAUAUUGAAACUCAGCAACAAAACUUUUUCAAAUCUACCCUCGCUAUACGACUUAAAGUUAGAUAGGUGUUUCAUCGAGAAUAUACCAGCAGAGCUAUUCCGAAACACUACUAAUUUAAAAAAAUUAUCCUUACAAGGAAAUAACAUAAAAUAUUUACCAAACAACACAUUCAAAGGUCUAAAAUUGAUUUAUUUAAAUCUAAGUCAUAAUAAAAUUAGUUAUUUGAAUAGCGACGUGUUCUCGGAGCAGACUUCGAUGACUGAACUUAAAUUGAGUUACAAUGAAUUGAAGAGUUUGCCCGGCGAGUUGUUCUCUAAUAUGAACAGUUUGAAGAUAUUGGAUCUUGGGCAGAAUUCGAUUGGGUAUUUGAAUAAAUCAAUUUUCAAUGGACUUGGGAAUCUGAAAGAGUUGUCACUAAACGAGAAUCGACUAGAGUACCUCGAUCACGCGAUCUUCGAGUUCACAAGUUCUCUAGAGGUGCUGUCACUAUCAAAGAACAAGUUGACAAUAUCCGAGGAAGAGAACGUCAGAAAGAUCAUAGAACCGUCAUUCACUCUGGACGAUGAUGAAAGCGCUUCACCCAUCAUAGCCUACUACUCCCCUCUGAAGAACCUGGUGAGGCUGAGGACCCUGGACCUCAGUCACAACAACGUCUCCAUCAUUUGCGAGGACUGGACUAAAAUGUUCAGUUUGACCGAACUCGAUCUGUCCUACAAUAACAUCACCUCCCUUUCGAUCGUAGAUUUCAACUUUUCAACGGAUUCCAAGAUUGAUUUGCGACACAACAACAUUGAACGAUUCGAACUGCCCAUCAACAGUCAGUACACAACAGAUGCAACAUUCCUUAUGGACUACAACCCAUACAGAUGCGAUUGUAACCUCUACUACUUUAUCCACAAUUAUAAAUUAGGAACAAAAAUGCCCAAAAUUAAUAUAAAAAAAGCAGAGUGCGCUCAACCGACUGCGUUGAAAGGGGUUAAGUUGGUGAAUUUGCAACCAGACGUACUGACUUGUGACGUAGACUGUAAAACUGGGGGUAUAAUCAAACAUCCCAGCAACGAUUCAAAUUGUAAGUGCAUAUUGAAUCCGGUUCAAUUGAGAUUGGAGAUGUUUUGCGAUUACCUCCCGGAGGUGUACCCCAAACUGCCCCAACAGCUCAAUUCUACGUAUUUGAAGCUGAGAUACGUCACCGAUGUGCCAUUGCUUCCGGCGGAAGUGAAGAUUGUUGAUUUUUCGUCUUUGAAUCUCACCGAACCACCAAUUGCCAACUCUGUAGCAUUAAAUCUGACGAACAACCAUCUAACUAAAGCUCCUCUCGAGUUGUUUCAAAGGAAUUGUUCGGUGUACUUAAGUAAUAACCCCUUUGACUGUACUUGUGGGGGGGAGGACAACGUGUUAGCUCUUAACGCCUUCAAGAAUCUUAUCCCCGACUACAAGAAUCUGACCUGUUCUAACGGCAUUUUCGUAUCAAACACAGUCGUAGAACAGCUCUGCGCUGUAAGAAAUGGCGCCAUCAUCAGUCUAUCACUUGGCAUAAUUGGUAUUUUAAUCAUCACCUGUACGAUAAUAGCCUUUAAAUAUACAACGGAAUUGAGGAUAAUUUUGAGGAAAUUGGGACUUUGGCGCGGAGACGUUCUCGGCGGGGAGGUUUACGAUGCAUUUGUUUCCUUCACUCAUCAAGAUGAGGACUUUGUGAGGGAGAAACUGCUACCGAAGCUGGAGAAAGGGAAACCACCUCUGAAGAUCUGCAUACACUAUAGAGAUUGGGUGAUCGGUGACUAUAUACCGGCUCAAAUCUCUCGGUCGGUCGAUCAAUCGCGUUACACAAUCAUCGUGCUAUCGAAAAACUUCGUCGAAUCAAUGUGGGGACGUAUGGAGUUCCGGACCGCUCAUGCAAAAGAUCGAGUGAUUAUUCUCAUGUUGGACGACUUAUCGGCCGACAAAUCGCUCGAUCCAGAACUAAGGGCCUAUAUCUCCAUGAAUACGUACGUAAAGGCCGACGAUCCGCUAGUAUGGGAGCGUCUAAGGGAUGCCGUGUUACACCGUAAGCGGAGUGAUCUUAAAUCCGACAAGUUAACUAGCACAAUGCUGGAUGUGACCCUUGAAAAUGGGCAACUAGUAAAUAGAGCGAUGACAGCGCCAUCUGUCUAACCAUAAAAACCUAAUCAGGUGUUUCAGACACGUUAUUGAGUUCAAGAGACUGUAAGAAUCGUUUUAAAUGUCUGAGAGGUCAGUAAUCUGUAGUAGAUUUAAUAGUGGUAUUAGGACAUUGAGGGCCUGUUCCACCGGUUGCCGUUAAAUCUAUCUGACGUAUGAAGGUAUCCAACAGAUAAAAGCUUAUGAUGUAGUUUUUCGCCAUCGAAUUCCGCUUAAUUGAUGGGCUAUUUCUAUUUACAAUUAAAAAAAUGUUAUUAAUUGAGGCUAAAAGUCUAUCCGUAACUUAUGUGCAGGAUAAACCUUAUCCACAACCGGUGAUACAGGCUUAAGCUGUAAUGAUUUAUACGUAAGAGUUUUGUGUUCCCAAUAUUUUUGGCAACAGCAAGCGCAACAAAUGUCAGUAACCACUUCCCAUCUACUGUCACUUUUCGAUUAGUUCAGUAAUCGUAUUUAAGCAGACGAUUGCGCGCAAAUUGCUAAAGAAUUGCUACCAAAUCGCAAAUUGUCAUUUCAAUGUUUGUCUAGACCAAUUUAAAUAUAAAUUUUAGGAAAAAGAAAAUAAUUUUGGAAUAUUUUAUCGAUAUAUUUUUUGAGAUGUUUUCUACAUUUCGAAUGCAUUUUGAAUGCCUUUAAUGUACUCUAUUGUGAUAAUGUUUACUAUAAGCAAUAAUAAUGAUCUUUAAUAUUUUGUACGGUUAGCUAGGCUAGCCUAUAGUUAACUUUGGAGGGUAGUUAUAUCCACUAGGAUAUCGACUUUGCCAUUUUUAUUUUAUACACGAAUUAAAAAAAAAUAUUCUGUU